AUGCAGAUGUUCGUUCCACUUUUCGCCGCCUCAGUGGCACUUCUCGCAGAGGCAGCUGAUGUUGAAGUACCAGCUGCUCCUGUCCUCAGCACUGAUGUCGGCUUCUCACAAGCGGAGCUGCCUUCCAAAUCGGGACGCAGGGGAACGCCUCUCUUAGUGCUUACCUUCCUGGCCACCGCAGUUGCUGUGGUGUUUUUGGUCCUCCGGUGCUUCACGGCAAUCCAGGCCAACGGAGAUUGGAGCAUAUAUCGGCGAAGGCUUGCAGAAGGAGGUCCAGACCCAUGCCCUGGGGGAGUAACAUAUCUCGGUAUCACCCUGCGUUGGCCCUUUUAUGGUGUGAGCUACCGGUUUCCCCGUAAGGAAGACAUCUGCGUUAUUCGCGGCGCAACUCGUAAAGGCGCUGCACAACCUGCUGUGCAUCUGGGCAUUAACACAGAAAUGGGAUUGCAGGCGCAACUCGUAAAGGCGCUGCACAACCUGCUGUGCAUCCUGGCGUACCCAGUUGUCGGUGUGUUAGUGGCUUAG